AUGCUAAUCGAUGAGAGUGACUACUAUUGUAUCCAUGUCCGGAAAACAACCGAAGAACCCACCCUCAACAACCUGUCCCAGAACCAGAACCAAGGAGUUCCAAUCAAGUUCGAGCUCUACAGCUCGACCGACAACGCUUGGACGAUGGCAGAAGAUGAUAAUUUUGAACACCCUGUACGAAUUAUCCAAGAACCACUCGACCUCAUCACUGAAACAACCAUUAGGGUUCCUUGUGCCAGCUCUGCCGAGCUAUUAUCCAAUACGGGCAGGCACACAGUAGUCCCCAUGGUCACUGAGGUUCUCAACACUCUAAACAUCCCAGAACAUGAGCACCAAUCUGUUGUUAACAAACUAUUUAGUGCGUUUGUUGAGUCUCAAGACCUCACCAUUGAGCCUGAUAAUAUUUUUGUUGUGGGCAUAGAGCACGUCAUUUUCCGGAUGCACUUUGUCAAUGAUUAUCAAAUGGUUUAUGGUCUUGGCUUCCCGUUCGUUCCCGCGACGGCGUCGUCCAUUGAGGGCUUGGAGGAAGUGAGCGUUGAUGGCUUGGAUGGUACUUGUGUUAUUUGUAUGGAGAACUUUGGUGAGGAUGAUUUUGGUGGACAUGCUCGUCGCUUGCCUUGCUCUCAUCUUUACCAUGAAGAUUGCAUUGUUGAGUGGCUGGAGACCAGUCACUUGUGUCCUGUGUGCCGAUACCCGAUGCCUCAUAAUAAUGCAGAUUAA